ACUACCACAGAUGGACCAACAACUACCACAGCAGGAUCAACAACAACCACAUCUGCCCCAACGACUACCAAUGCCCCAACAACUACCAGAGCUGGAACAGCAACAACCAACAACUACCACAGCUGGAACAACUACCACGGCUGGACCAACAACUACCACACUGGAGCAACAACGACCACAGCUGGAGCAACAACUACCACAGCUGGAUCAACAACAACUACAGCUACCCCAACGACUACCACACCUCUGCCAACUGCCCCAACAACUACCACCGCCGGACCAACAACCACUACUGCUGGACUGACAACAACCAUAGCUGGACCAACAACUACCUCCGCUGGACCAACAACUACCACAGCUGCCCCAACAACCACCACAACAGCUGCCCCAACAACAACAACUGCCCCAACAACUACCACCGCCGGACCAACAACCACUACUGCUGGACUGACAACAACCAUAGCUGGACCAACAACUACCUCCGCUGGACCAACAACUACCACAGCUGCCCCAACAACCACCACAGAUCAACAACAACCACAUCUGCCCCAAUGA